AUCUGUCCACUAGCCUACGUGGCUAAAUACAUGCACUGGUCAGUCAGAAAAAGACUCAGUUAGCACAGCAGGUCUCGGAGCAUCAUGUCGAUCUUAAAGAAGCUGCUUCUUGUUUUAUCAGUGGUACCUAUGGCAGUGAGUUACCCUUUCUUCCCACCAACAUGCUACUCCAAGGCUCUAAGCAUGGCUGCAGAGCUCAGCCAGAUGGCAGCAGAUUUGAAGAUAGGCUAUGAAACUGGUCACUGUAUGGCACACAUGCCCGAUCUUUAUUUUGACAUUCAUAAUGCUUGUGUGAUGCACAAAAUAAGGGACUACAUCUCCAUGGUGGAACACCUCAGACUGCGGCGCUGUGCUUACACCAAAGAAGUGAGGAAGCUGGAAGUCACUCUGCGUCAGCUGUUCAUCAUCUUAGGACAGAAAUGCCAUGGGGACCUGGUGUUUACAAUCUAUGACUGUGCUGCGCUGGAGCGUCCAUACUAUCCAUACUAUCCAUACUGAAAUCCCACCAGUCUCUCCAGUCCAAAGAGAGUUGAAAGAAGUGAAAAUUAAUGUUUUCAUAUCUAUUUCUUUUUAUAAGCUUUAUAUUUUAUGCCAAGAUUUAUUAAAGGAUUAUUUGUCAAACGUAUUGUUGGUUUCACAUAAAAAGUUUUUUUUUUUCUCUCCAUGUAGAAAAAAAAAUGCUUAGUUAAAAAUGAAAAAGGUAAUGUUUUUGUUAUGUUUACGCAGUGCCUUGCAAAGGUAUUAUUGCCCUUGGAACUAUUUUUUAAAACAUUUUACACUUGCAACAACUGAGCUUAAAGUAUUUAAUUGAAAUGCUGCAAACGAAAGGAAAACAGACAUUUUACAAAUAAAAAUGUAAAAAAAAUUGUUUUUUUAAACCUUUGUUUUAUUUUAUGUAAAAUAAAUGAACUUCAGCUCUAUCGAGUAAUAUGAAAGGGUGCUCUGUUCCUGCUGAGAGGAAAAACCAUACAUUAGAGCAACAUGAUUCUAUUAUCAUGUUUUACUUUCAG